AGAGAAUAUGCGUCAGUAUAAAAACAUACGCGGUAAAGAUGACAUCGAUUCACGUUGCGAAUUUCGGGGCGCGGUUCUGCAAUGAACUGGAUAAAAUCAAAAACUUCAUCUGCUCUCCUCUGUCGGUGGAGACGGUGUUGGCGUUAGUGGCCCUCGGCAGCAGCAACGAAUCUCGCGCAGAAAUAUUCAAGGCACUUGACAUCCCUAAUGAAGACAAUCUUUUUUCCACAUUCACAUCACUGACGGCAACUCUAGCUUCGAAGGACCCGUCAGAAUUUAAAACAUGUGAAGACGUUACAUUAAAAAUCGCGAACAAGAUCUACGUGAAGCAUGGAGGAGCCCUAAAGGCGGCUCUCAAGAAGGACGCCGAAGAAGUCUUCCAAGCCAGUUUGGAACAAAUAGAUUUUACACAAAGUAAUAAUGCUGCGAACGCCAUUAAUAAAUGGGUGUCAAAUCAAACCAACAAUACUAUUAAAGACAUUGUUUCUGCCGACAUGCUCGAUGAAGACACACGACUAGUACUCAUCAAUGCCAUCUACUUCCACGCUUUCUGGGAGUAUCAAUUUGACGCCGACGAUACAUACACCAGAGUAUUUCAUGUCAAUAAAUCGACGAAAAUCGAUAUUAAACAGAUGAGUUUGAUGGGGAAACCUUUUAAUUACAAACACAGUCCCGAGUUAAAGGCCAAAAUACUGCAGAUGUUCUACGUUGGAGGUGAAGCUAGUAUGGUGAUAGUUCUGCCAGAUGAAAUCGAGGGUCUGAGUGCUGUGAUGAAACAACUGGCAACCGGGUAUGAUCUGAUGGCAGAGAUCAAAAGUCUACAAAAAAAACACCUUCAAGUAAUCAUACCUAAGUUUAAAAUAGAAUCGGAGAUCAAUCUGAAGGAACUGUUACCUAAGAUGGGAAUCAAGGCAAUUUUCGAUCCAAUUAAGUCAGAGGUCAACAUGUUGUCAAGUGAUGGUCGACAAUUUGUAUCCCAAGCCAUUCAAAAAGCCUUCAUCGCGGUGGAUGAACUGGGCACGGAGGCGGCAGCAGCCACAGUGAUCAUGCUUCGAGAAUGUUGCGGCCGUUUUUGGACCGGCGAAACGUUCCACGCGAACCGUCCUUUCCUGUAUGUACUCAUGGCUCACGAGGUCCCUAUAUUUUAUGGAGUUUUUCAUGGAUCAGAAAAGGGAUCAUCCAUUAAUGACAUCACACGUUUAGAGGAAGGGAGGGGGUCAAGAAAAUGUGACAUGUUGUGACAAGGGGAAGGGGGAGUCACAAACUUUGCGACGUCACUUUAACCCAACACAGUAACCCAAUUUUUUUUAUUCGCUGUGCACUUAUAUAACGUGUUUUUGGAACGAUAAUCAUUUUUAUUCGUUUAAUUGUCUUUCGUAAUCGGUUUUGUCUGUUUUGGGUUAUAAAAUUACGAAUAUCUCUUUUAUCAAAAACAUUUUGAAAAUAUAUUAGUAAGUAAUACCUAAUUCGAUUUGCCGAUUUCGUUGAAAACAAAAUUGCUAAAAAUGUGACGUGAGGGGUUUGCCAAAUGUGACCAAGUAUGACAACGAGGGAGGGAGUCAAAAAACCUCGAAAUUCGUGUGACGUAAUUAAUAAAGUAAAAUACAGAACUAGAUCUUUCACAAUAAAUCACAACAAAAUCUUCGAAUAGACUAGAUACUUUCCGGUUAAAUAUUUCGUUCGAUUUAUGAUUAACUAUAUUUACCAGAUUGAAACUAAUUAAUUAAAAAUAUUUAAAUACAUAAGUACCUGUGGACUAAGCCAAAAGCCAAAAGGAACGAGAACAGAACCCCUAGUGUAAAUUUAUUCGGAAGCGUGACGUGACUUACGCGUUUGCGUUAAGUCCAUGUCAAGUCUCAUUUAGAAACAGCGCGCCUAGCGAAGUUUUGGAAACUGAAAAUCCCAUACAAAAUGAGACUUAACGCAAACGCGUGCGUCAGAUUUCGCUAUCGAAUAAAUAAUUUACACUAGGGGUACCUACUGGGCAAACCAAACGCUCGUUAGGCAGACAACUUACAACCAAGAGUAAAUAACUGGCAAGAAGUAGCUCAAGACAGAGCGUAAUGUUAUGAUUGGGGGAGGGCUUUAUCCGAGAGGGGUCGAAACCUACUUAGUUUUAAAUAAAUUCAAUUAAUUAUUUUAUGUUACUUCAUUAGUUAUUUUUAUCGUGUCUAUAACUAAAGUUGAUUAUGGAAUAAAUAAGAUUCAAAUUGAA